GCCUGCACAGCAGGCAUCACUCUCUGUGGAUACUGUUCAUUUUGCUGGGAGUCUGUAUUGCCAUUCAGACCUUUGUCACCAAUCAGGCCAGGAAUGGCAAGCUAGUACAACUCCAGCAGAUGAAGUUUCCUAUCAAGAAAGAAAAAGAUUUUCCUCACAUAAGACCUGAAGACACAAUAUCACAAGAAAUGGAACAAACUGCAAAUGGUAAUGAGCGGCAUGAAAAGCCUUCAUAUUCUUUAAUCAGCAGGCUGGCAAGCUCUCAACUGGAGGUGAGAAAAGUUAUACUGGGCAAGCUGCUUCUACCCAAAGACAGAAACAAACCAAACAUAGACCUUCCAUCUUCUCUGGUUUCCCAUAGUACCCGGAAAGACUUAAAUCUAGGCACAGAAAAAACAUUCACCCGCUCUCCCGCUCCUUCUAGUUUUUUGAAUACUCAGAACAGUACUCACACUCAAGCAACCUGCCAUCCAAAGUCUCACAUCGUUUUCCUCAAGACACACAAGACAGCAAGCAGCACUAUCUUAAACAUCCUGUAUCGCUAUGGGGAAAGCAGAAACUUGACCUUUGCCCUUCCUCUAAACAAACAGAGCCAGUUAUUUUAUCCAUUUUUCUUUGUUCCACAUUUUGUUGAAGGAGUCAGCAGCAGAAGUGUGAAAGAGUUCCACAUCAUGUGCAACCACAUGAGGUUUAAAAAAUCUGAGGUGGCAAAAGUGAUGCCUCAGGAUACCUUUUACUUUUCCAUCUUGAGACAUCCUGUGGCUAUGAUGGAAUCCAUCUUUAGUUAUUAUAAGAGCAUCCCAGCCUUUCGUAAGACAUUUAGCCUGGAGGACUUCUUAGACAACAGCUGGAGAAACUAUAGUGCAUCAGUGGCCAACAACCACUACGCUCACAAUAUUCUGGCUUUUGACUUUGGCUUUAAGAAUAAUAUUGCAGUUGGCACUGGAGACUUUGAGGAGAGAACCACUGUGGCUAUUCAAACUAUAGAACAGGACUUUAAUCUUAUACUAAUUUCUGAAUACUUUGAUGAGUCCAUGGUCUUGCUCAAGUACUCCCUCUGCUGGUCCUUGGAAGAUAUGGUUUCCUUUCGGCUCAAUAGUCGCAGUGAACAAACUCGGCAUUCACUUUCACCGAACACUGCAGAGAAAAUCAAGAUGUGGAAUGCUUUAGACUGGAGGAUUUACCUGCACUUUAACACAACCUUCUGGCACAAAGUGGAUAGUCUAGUUGGACGACAGAAGAUGGAGAGGGAAGUAGCUCAGCUGAGAAAGCUACAAGUCAAGCUUGCAAACACUUGCCUGACAGAUAGGGGUGCGGUUGACCCAUCACUGGUAAAAGAUGCUAGGCUGAAGCCUUUUCAGUAUGGAACAGCUGUCAUUCAGGGCUAUAACCUAAACCCAAACUUAGAUAUACAAACCAAAACAAAAUGUCAGAGACUUAUCUUACCAGAACUGCAGUACACACACCAUCUGUACACCAAGCAGUUCCCAAAGGAAGCUGCUAAGCAUAAACAGGCAACUAAGAUUGUUAAAUAAGAGCGUCAUCACCUAAAGAAAACUGCUAUGAUGGCUAAGCACCAGGAAUGGGAAGACCUGAGCAGCCUGACCUUAAGAAGUAAACUAUCAAGUCUCAAAAACCAAUGGGGUUCCACAAGUUCUCUGUUAACAAAAACAGAAGCUAACAAUAAAACAAGAAUACCAUGAGUAAUACUUGUGACUAAUAAUCACAGGAUAUGUGAUAUGCUUAAGAAGUAUAUGUAGGUAGGGUAUUAACAAUUUUUUUUGUUUUUUUUUCUUUUCUUUUUUCUUCUUAUUUUAGUAGCCACACCAGUGGUUAAGUUGAAAAUAUGAAAGCUUUUCAAGGUUUUGAGAAAGGCUGUUUGGCAGCGGGAAUAUCAUAUCACUUUGGUGAAUAACUAAAAAAGACCAUUCUUAUGAUCUUUUCAUAAGAAUGAUCACAUAUCAAUAGAUAUUUGAAGCUAAUUUAAUCAUUUUCUUUUCUCAUAUAAUAUUGUUAGGUCUUGGAUGUUAGAAGACAGUCAAGAGUAAAGUAUUUUUGACGAAUUAACUUUUGAUUGUUUUCUUGCUUGUACGCUGUUUGUUUGCUCAUCUUUACAGAUCUUUGAAGUACAUGGCAGUGGACUGAAUUUUGGACUGUUUUUGAUUCCCUGUGUUGUUUUAAGUGCUGCAGAUAGCAACGUGACUUGAACUUGACUUGAACAUGCUAGUUCAAGUCAAGUUGCUUUUUACUGUCAUUUGAGCCACAGUAAUACACCUUGAAAUAAAGCAAUGUUCUUCCAGGACACAUUGGUCCUGGAAGAACAUUAGUAAACAUUAGACAUUAGAAAAAGUGCAUUGCAUUAAAAUAUCAAAUUACACAAAGAAUAAAAUAUACAUAUAUAAAAUGGAAUGUAUUAAUCUGUGUGUGUGUGUGUGUGUGUGUGUGUGUGUGUGUGUGUGUGUGUGUGUGUGUGUGUGUGUGUGUGACUUGACUUGACUCAACUCGAUUUCCAUUACAGUUGUGUAUGUACAUUUGCAAGUGGUCAUUAAAGUAAUGUGGCCAAAUGUACUGUGACAUCAUUUAUAUGCGCUCCACCUGGACUACAAACAGUG